AUGGUUGCAAUAUCACCAAAAUUUAAAUUAUUAGUUGAUAUAACAACUGUAGUAACUUUUGGUAUUAAUUUCUUUGUAUGGUUUUAUCCUGAUUUAUUAAAUAAUGAAGGUCAAUGUAAUUGGAAAGAUGAAACUUAUGAAUCAAAUUAUCCAAUAUUAGAUGAAUAUUUAUCAACCACAACUAAAAAUUUCUUGGUUAAUGGUCUACCUUUUUUAAGAAAAGAACAAGAACCUCCAAAAGAUGAUUCAAUUCAUAUGUUUUUAUUUGGUGAUCCUCAAAUUAAUGGAAAUUGGCCAUCUACUAAAUAUAUUAAAAGAUUAGAUAAUUAUGGUAAUGAUUAUUAUUUAGGUCAUAUUUAUCAAACUAUGAAAAAUAGAUUAAGACCUUCUCAUGUUGUUGUUAUGGGUGAUUUAUUUAGUUCUCAAUGGAUUUAUGAUUCUGAGUUUUAUAAUAGAACAUUAAGAUAUGUAACUAGAUUAUUCCCACAACCUGAUAGAUAUAUAGAAAAUGUUUUAUCAACACAUUCAAAACAUGAAGAUUAUGAUUGGAAAACAUGGUUAAAACAGGAGAAAGAAAUGAAUCCAAUAGAUAGAUUUAAUUCAAGAGUAUAUAAUGAUGUUUAUGAUUGGACAGAUCUUAAUAGAUCAACUCCAAAUUUUGAUAAUCCUUUAUUUAUAAAUUUAACAGGCAAUCAUGAUAUUGGAUAUAGUGGAGAUGCAACUUGGCAACACAUGGCUAGAUUUCAUUUAUUAUUUGGUCAAAAUAACUAUGUUAUAAAUUAUAAAAAAGGUAAAGAAAAUGCUUGGAGAAUUGUAGUACUUGAUUCAUUAACAUUAGAAGGUCCAGCAUUACAAGAAGAAUUUUUAAAUUAUACUUGGUCAUUUUUAAGUUAUAUCAAAUCAAAUGAAAAUCCAAAUUUUAAAGGUUCCACUAUUUUAUUAACUCAUAUUCCUUUAUAUAAAGAAGCUGGAUUAUGUACAGAUGGUCCAGAACAUAAAUAUUAUAUUAAUAAUGAAAGAGAACCUUAUAAGAAUGGUAAAUUAAGAUCUCAAAAUCAUUUAAAUUCUACAACAACUAAACAAAUUUUAGAUAUUAUAUUUCCAAAUAAGGAUAAAAAUGGUAUAAUUUUAACUGGUCAUGAUCAUGAAGGUUGUGAUAAUUGGUAUAAUUUAGAAAAUGAUAAUGAAUGGAAAGCUUCAAAGGAAAGAAAUGAAAUUAAUAGAAAAUCAAUUAGAGAAAUUGUUGUUAGAUCAAUGAUGGGUGAUUUUGAUGGUCAAACUGGGAUAUUAACUGGUAAUUUCAAAAAUGGUUGGGAUUUUGAUUUUAGUUAUUGUUCGUUUACUGUACAACAUUGGUGGUGGGCUUCGAAAAUACUGAUUUUAAUUACUGUUUUAUUACAAUCAAUAGUUCAACUAACUCCAUUAUUUAGCAUAUUUUAG